AACUCCUUCUCUUUCGCAGCGAACAACAUCCAAUUUUCAGCGAAUCGACAUGAAUAACUCAGUGGCUUCUGUCAUAUGUUUUAUCUUGAUAGCAGUCUGUACUGUCUCUGCUCAGUAUCCGACCGGUUGGAACUACAGCCCCUUGCUUUCUUAUCCCUACACUGCAAAACAUUUAGCCGAAGCUCGCACUUCUCAUGUCAGCGCCCGAGCCAAACGUAACGUCGAGGACACACCGGAAGUAAAGGCCGCGACAAUUGAACAUUAUCGUGCGUACAAUGCCGCAGCUGCCGCAAACGGAGUGAUUGCCAACCUACUGCCUGCCCGGUAUUCCUCGGUGCCCUGGACCUGGAAAGUUCCUCAACAAGUUCAAGAGACUCCCGAAGUAGCCGCUGCCCGCCAAGCUCAUACUGCCGCUCACGCUUUUGCUACCGCCAGUGCUGUUGCUCAGCCGCAGCCUAUUCUUCUCGCCAAUCAAAAUCUGGCGAACUCGGUGGCUUCGGCUACAAACGGACUCAUAUUGGGUCUACCCAGUUUCUUUCCCCAAGUUAACUGGGGUGCUCCGGCGCAGUUCGUUCAGGACACUCCCGAAGUUCUCGAAGCUAAGCUGGCCUUCUUCCGCGCUUUCUACGAGGCAUUUUUUCGGUCUAGUUAAAUCUUUUUGACGAACCCUAUACAUAUUUAAAUAUAAAAAAAUAAAAUAAAAACCUGUCUCUCUCUGAUGAACAACAAAACUAACCUUUUCAACUAACUUCAUCUUAAAAUGUAUAAUUCAUACUUUGACAGUUUCCGUCUACAUAAUAGUGAAAUAAACACGAAAUCUUUUUUAA